AUGGCUUCUGCCGCCAGCACAGAGCAGGCCUCCGCCGGCCUGCCAGGCAGCUUCGACAUCCCCGCUGCCCCCAUCCUCAUCCCGGAGGGUCCCUGGAAGGUGAUCGAGGGUGGCGUGACGGCGCCCGCUGGCUUCAAGGCCCAGGGCAUGUAUGCCGGCCUGCGUGCCAAGGGCGACAAGGCCGACCUGGCGCUGGUGGUCUCCGACACCCCUGCAGUCGCUGCCGGCGCCUUCACGCUCAACGUCAUGGCCGCCGCCCCCGUCACGCUGUGCCGCGAGGUGCUUGCCGCGCACGAGACGGUCCGCGGCGCCUCCGACCCCUUCCUGGUCAUGUCCACGGGCGUGAUCGGGCGGCGCGUGGACGCCGACGCGCUGUCCGCCGCACUGCCCGUGCUGGCGGCGGGCCUGGGCGCUGGCGCGGGGCACGCGCUGCGCGCCGCGGUGGCCAUCACCACCACCGACCUGGCCAGCAAAUCAGCGGCGCUGGAGGUGGAGCUGGCGCCCGGGCGCACGGUGCGCCUGGGCGGCAUGUGCAAGGGGUCGGGCAUGAUCCACCCCAACAUGGCCACCAUGCUGGGCGUGGUCACCUGCGACGCGCCCGUGGCCGCCGCCGUUUGGCGCCCCGCGCUGGCCGCCGCCUGCGCCGCCUCCUUCAACCAGAUCACCGUGGACGGCGACACCUCCACCAACGACACCGUGCUGGGCCUGGCCAACGGCGCGGCGGGGGGGGCGGCAAUAGGGGACCCGAACUCGCCCGAGGCGCGUGCGCUGGGCGCCGCGCUGACCGUCCUUCUCCAGGGCCUAGCCAAGUCCAUUGCCUGGGACGGGGAGGGGGCGACCAUGCUGCUGGAGUGCACGGCGCGGGGGGCGCGGAGCGACGCAGACGCGCGCCGCGUCGCGCGCAGCGUGGUCGGCAGCUCCCUGGUCAAGAGCGCCAUGUUCGGCCACGACCCGAACUGGGGGCGCAUCGCCGCAGCCGCCGGGUACUCAGGGGUGGACUACCGGCAGGAGGACGUUCGGAUCAGCCUGGGGGACACGGAGCUCAUGCGCGGCGGCCAGCCGCUGGACUUUGACGCGGCGGCCGCCAGCGCAUACAUGAAGGCGGCGGCCGCCGCCCAUGGCACCGUCACCAUCGAGGUCAGCAUUGGGGAUGGGCCCGGCGUGGGCCAGGCCUGGGGCUGCGACCUGUCGUACGACUACGUGAAGAUCAACGCGGUACACGACGUGAGCUGCGAGGAUGGGCAUGCAGGGAUAGAGGACGUGGCCUCGAUACUGGACGAAUCCGAGCAGGAUGCGGUGAUUCAGGAGCUGGCGGCCCAAUCCGCCCGAGCACGGCGCCAGACCCAGCUCUGCGUGACCCCGCUGGGCGCCUGCCUCGCCCUCCUCUACCUCUACUUCGCGGGGCAGGCCCUGGUUGAUCCAUGGUCCAUACGCCACCACGCCGAGCUCCGAGACGUGCUGCGUCCCCUAGCCAUCGCGGCGGGGGACCUGGGCAGCAGCAUUGCCGUGGCUGCCGGCACCUGGGCCGUGGCGGCAUACUGCAACCAGUCGGAGCACCAGGGCCGCGCCAUCCUGCGCCCGGCCGUGGUCCUGGCCACGCUCAUGGCCGUCUUCUGGUCCCUGGGCAUCCUGAAGAUGCUGCGCCUGCGCGGCUUCGUCCUGGACGGCGCCUGGCGCAUGUUCUGGCUCCCCGCCGCCCCCGCCGUCUGGACCCUCAUCACACUCUCCGUCAUCAACACUGUGGGGGCAGUCGAGCGGGACCUCAGAGCGCUGAGGGCUGCCCGGUACAGGUUCAGGCACAUCUGA